GACGAGCUAGCUGAGAUUGCCGGAUGGGACGAGCUGAAGCUGCUGGGCACAUGGCCGAGCCCGUUCGUCACCAGAGUGGAGCUCGCCCUCGCCCUCAAGGGCCUCAGCCAGGACCUCGUCGGCAUGAGCGAUCUCCUCCUCGCCUCUAACCCGGUGCACAAGAAGGUCCCCGUGCUCAUCCACAACGGCAAACCCAUCUGCGAGUCGCGGAUCAUAUUAGAGUACAUCAUCGAUGAGGUCUUCCCCGUCGACGGUGCCGCCCUCCUCCCCGCCGACCCCUAUGACUGGGCUGUCGCUCGCUUUUGGGCUGCCUACAUCGAUGACAAGGUAUCUAUAAUACAUUUUGUCGCGCCAUGGGCGCCGAUGUUCAAGGGGAAGACAGAGGAGGAGAAGGCGGAGGGGAUAAAGCAGAUACUCGCGGCGGUGGAAACACUGGAGGGAGCCUUGAAGGGUUGCUCAAAGGAGAAACCCUUCUUCGGUGGCGGCACCGUUGGGCUCGUGGAUAUCAUGCUGGGUGCCCAUAUCCCUGGGGUGAGGGCGACCGAGGUUCUCACCGGUGCCAAGAUCUUCAACGCUGCAAUUACCCCCCUUUUGGCCUCAUGGACGGAGCGCUUCGGUGAGCUUGACGCUCCCAAGAAGGUGUUGCCGGAUGUCGACGGGAUGGUUGAGUACGUCAAGAGGAGGCAGGCACAGUGGGCUGCCGCUGGUGCUGCGGCGGCGGCGGCUUCAAAGAGCUGAUUGGCCGGCAUUGCGACGUACUUUUUCCGUCUCAAAAAAAAACAAAUUCUAGAGUUUGAUUCUUUUUAGGACAGAGGAGUCUAAAACUCCCGUUUUUGCUUAAUUUGGAGGAAAUAAUGUGCUUGUUGCUGAAAAGUAGUGGAGACCAGACAGAUUAAUUAGUUGCUUAUUUGACUUGGUUGUGAGUGUAGAAUAAAUGUUUCUGUUAGUCGCUUGAUGACUUGGUACGUUGUGAGUUAGAAAAGAAUUAUGCAAAUCAUUUUCUCUCUUA